UGUUGCAUGCUGUGUAGAAAACUGCAGUAAUAUUUUCUUUAACAAACUGAAUUCUUUAACAAUCUAACUUGUGGGACUAAAGCCUGAAGUGGAGGAUCAUGAAGUUGGAGAUACCAGAAACCUUUGAAGAUGUUGCUGUUGAGUUUUCAGAAGAGGAGUGGAAUUUGCUGAGUGCACAGGAGAAAGAGCUGCACAGAGAAGUGAUGGUACAGAACUAUGAGAACAUGCUUUCUGUAGGGUAUAACAUCCCAGUGGAACAACUUUGGUUAUUUAUUAAUAAAGAUAAGAAAGUUUCAUCUGAUGACAAUAAAAGCAGAAUGAUGGGGCAGAGAAGUCAACUUCCUGACAGCGGUAUCUGCAUCAACAGGAAUGCAAAUUUCUUGGAAAUUCAGAGUAUGCAGUUAUCCCAUAAGAAACAUGGUGAUUCUGAAUGGGAAAAACUUCUCCCAGAUGGGAUGUCAUUCACAUUGCAAUACCUGGUGCGGACUGAAAGCAGACAGCUUAAAAGCUUGGAAAGUCACGAGAAAGUUAUCAAAAAAACUGAACUUGGAAAACGUUCAGAAACUUGUGCAGGAAAAAGGAAGUGCAAAUGGCUUAAUGAGAGCAAUGUACUUUUAUUUGAUAGUAACAACUUAACUGCUCAUAUAAUUCACAGAGAGAACAGUCAAAAUCAGACCAUGGCAAAACAUGAGCGAAAAUCCAACGAAGAUGAACUGUAUAAGUGUAUCACAUGUGGCAAAAGGUUUACAGGUGAAAAAAGGUUAGCCGUUCGUAAGGUUAUUCAUACUGGACGUAAGUCAGGUAUGGAAAAACUUUAUUUUGUUCACAUUGGAGAACAGCUUUACAGAUAUACCAUAUGUGAGAAGGAAUAUACACACAAACAUUUAGCAGGAAAUAAGAAGAACAUGCCAGGUGAGGAAAAACUUUAUAAGUGCACCACGUGUGAUAAGAAUUUUCGACAUAAGUGUGCUUUGAUAACUCAUCAGAAUAGCCACAGUGGGCAGAAUCCCUAUAAAUGCAACAUAUGUGACAAGAUUUUUAAGCACAAAGUCAGUGUUCUAAAACAUAAGUAUAUCCACACUGGGCAGAAACCCUAUAAGUGCACAGUUUGCGAUAAGAGUUUUAGAGGUAGAACUACUUUGGUGAAUCAUCAGAAGAUUCACAUGGGAGAAAAACCUUAUAAGUGUACCUUCUGUGACAAGAACUUUAGGUGCAAAAAUAACAUGUUGCGUCAUCAGAGCAUCCAUAGUGGGAAGAAGCCCUAUAAAUGCACCGUGUGUGACAAGAGUUUUAGAUGCAAAAGCACUAUGUUGCAUCAUGAAUAUGUCCACAGGGGGCCAAGAGCCUAUAAAUGUACCUUGUGUGGCAAGAGUUUUAUGCACAAAAGUGGUUUGGUAAAACAUCUUGAUGCACACAGUGGGAAGACACCCUAUAAGUGCACCUUGUGUGACAAGAGUUUUGGAUACAAAAGUACCAUGAUAGUUCAUCAAUAUAUUCAUACUGGGCAAAAACCCUAUAAAUGCUCCAUGUGUGACAAGAGUUUUAGAUACAAAAGUACUAUGGUAAGUCAUCAAUAUAUUCACACUGGGCAAAAACCCUAUAAAUGCUCCAUGUGUGACAAGAGUUUUAGACAUAAAUAUACAAUGGUGACUCACCAGCGCACCCACAGUGGGCAGAAACCAUAUAAAUGUACUACCUGUGACAAGAGCUUUGGGCUCAAAAGUAGUAUGUUAAAACAUAUUACUAUCCACACUGGACAUAGACUGUAUAAAUGCACGGUCUGUGAUAAGAGUUUUGUACAGAAGAGUCGCAUGGUAGCCCAUCAGAGUGUCCACACUGGUCUGAAACAGUAUAAGUGCACCAUUUGUGAUAAAACUUAUAGAUAUAAAAGACGUAUGCUGAGUCAUCAGAACAUACACACUGGGCUAUCAGAUCAUAUACAAAGUAUGAUGUUUGCCAAAAUUAUGUAUCCAUCAAUCUGAAGAAGACAUGGGCCUCCUUGAAACUGACUACAUGUAUAGGUCAGUGAUUGUGGGACUGCAUACAUAUUUGUUGACAUCUUCAAAUCCCAACAUAGUAAAAGCUCUAAAUGUUGAAGACACAAAUCAAACUAGACAGUUUUUCUCAGGUUAGCAGAAGUGUUUAGAAGAAAGAGUGUGUGAAAAUCAAAGAAGGGGGGAACAAAAAACAGACAGCCAAAGAAAGUACUGAAAACAAAAAAGAUGAAGUGCAUGACCAGGAAAAUAGAAAAGUCAAAAGCCCAGAGUUGUGGAAGGUAUGGAGAAAGUACAGUUUUGUACCUACCAUAAAUGUAGA